UCGCCCGUGUCUUUCGUCGGAGGCAUGAUCGGCCCGACCAUCCAAAUGACCUUGCUGCAAGUCGGAACCACCUUACAAGGCAUCGUGUUGCCCUUGUUCAAAAAAGCGCUCGAGGCGAUUCUCCCGUCGGCACUGACGAAGUUGUUCAAAGGCGUCACCGAAUCCAUCGCGGAUGGGAACACGGAGGAUGUUUUGAAGGGCGUUCUUGAGGUGGGGAGUAAUGGGGAUGUUGCGGAGGUCGCUGCAGAGGAGGACGGGGAUGAAGAUAGAAGUACUUCUUCGACCAGUAGUUUCGUUCAGAAAAACAAAAAAGCGCUUGCAACUUCUUCGAUGAAGAAAACCUCGUCAACCAAAGCGUCCAGCAG